CGGUUGAGCCAAUCAGAACGAAGCUCCGCUGCUGGUCAGCCAAUCACAACAGGCGUCGCAGACUUUUGCGGUUUUGCAGCUGAAGGAUAAUUCCGACAGAAAUCAAACCAUCCUCCUCCUCAUGGCGUCCGGCGCUCUGUUCCCCAGCCUGGUGUCCAGCUCCCGCGGCUCCUCCAGCAAAUACCUGGUGGAGUUUCGGGCCGGUAAGAUGACGAUGAAGGGCAGCACGGUGACCCCCGACAAGCGUAAAGGUCAGGUCUACAUCCAGCAGACGGAUGACUCCCUCAUCCACUUCUGCUGGAAGGAUCGAACCACCGGGAAUGUGGAUGAUGACCUGAUUAUCUUCCCUGAUGACUGUGAGUUUAAACGGGUCAACCAGUGCACCACCGGACGGGUUUAUGUGCUGAAGUUUAAAGCCGGCUCUAAGAGACUCUUCUUCUGGAUGCAGGAACCGAAAAACGAUAAGGAUGACGAGUACUGCCGCAAAGUGAAUGAGUACCUGAACAACCCGCCCAUCCCAGGCGCUCUGGGCAGCGGCGGCAGUGGAGGUCACGACCUUUCUGCGUUGGGAGGUGAGGGUGGUCUGCAGAGCCUUCUGGGUAACAUGAGUCACAACCAGCUCAUGCAGCUCAUCGGACCAACUGGACUGGGGGGGAUCGGCGGUCUGGGGGCUCUGGCUGGGCCGGGCUUGGCCAACCUCCUGGGCAGCAGCAGCAGCAGCAGCAGCGUUCCUGCAGUCAGCAACUCCACCACCAGUCCGUCCACCGCCGUCACGCCCACCUCCACCUCCACCGCCAGCCGGCUGGGCUCCACCCAGGUGCCCACCACUCCCAUCACCCCCCUGGCCACGUCUUCACCCUCCCCCACAGCCUCCACCCUCUCCAUCCCUGCUGCGACCGCCGCUGCAGCCGCAGCCAAUCCCACCCAGCCCAUCCAGCUGAGAGACCUGCAGAGCAUCCUGGCCACCAUGAACGUCCCAGCCAGCAGCCAGGGAGUGGACCUGGCCAGUGUGUUGACCCCUGAGGUCAUGGCUCCCAUCCUGGCCAACCCGGAGGUGCAUCAGAGGCUGAUGCCCUACCUGCCGUCCGGCGAGUCGCUGCCGCAGAGCUCAGAGGAGCUGCACAACACGCUCAGCUCGCCUCAGUUCCAGCAGGCUAUGAGCAUGUUCAGCAGCGCUCUGGCGUCCGGCCAGCUGGGGCCUCUGAUGAACCAGUUUGGUCUCCCAGCAGAGGCUGUGGAUGCCGCCAAUAAAGGAGAUGUGGAGGCUUUUGCCAAAGCCAUGGAGACGGAGACGAAGUCAGACCAGGAGAGCGACUCCAAAGACAAGAAGGACGACGACGAAGACAUGAGUUUGGACUAAAUGCUCCUUAAACAAAGCUAACACUAUUAUUUAUAACUAUUUAUUUACCAGUUGCUGCUUAGUUUCUGUUACUUAAAGAUCAGGGGCCUCAUGCAUAAAGCGCUUGUGCGUGCAAAAAAUGUGCACC